AUGGCAAUGGGCUUUUUCGGGCGAAACAUGGAAGGCUACUCGAACUUCAGCACGGCCUUCGUGACGUUGUUCCGUGCCGUGCUGGGCGACCUCGACUUCGAUGCAAUGGCCGAGAACGCCGGGCGCAGCAUCGCUGGAGUCUUUCAUUUCUCCGUGAUGUGCACGAUGCUUUUGAUCCUGCUCAACAUGCUGAUUGCGGUGAUCCUGGAUGUCUAUGGAGAGACCAAGAAAUCCGCUUCGUAUAGCGAGACAAUCUGGGAGGAUGUGAUCGACUACUUCCAUCGCUGGUGGCUUUGCCACCGAGGACUCCGCAUGAGCAUCUCCCGAGCCAAAGCCAUCUACGCGGCCAGUUUAGAAGAGAAGCCCACGCAGGAGUGUGGAACGCCGUCGGGCGGCGAGAGCACACCGGAGUUGAAGAGAUUUGAGUCGUCGAUCUUCACGGAGAACGAGAGGAAGGCAUUCACCCUCCCGAACAUUACAUUUGCUUGGCCUUGUGUCUCCAGAAUCCAUCACUUCUCUCUUGACCAGGUGCCUGAGAUGUCGUUGGAACAAGCGACGGAGUCGGUGGAAGAGGCCGUGUUCUGGUUUGAGAAGCGCCACGAAUGGGAGAUCGACCACCAGCAGAUGCAGCAAGGCCCCUCGCCACUCAGGCAACGAGCUGCUGGCAUUGACCUCCAUGCAGGCCGUAAGAGUCUGAUCUUGGAGGGCCAGACACCCCUGGUGCCUGACGUGGCCGAUGGCAACAUGCCUGGUGAAGUGGCGGAGGGCGAACCGCAGAUGGUCCGGGUCCAUUUGACUCAGGCGGGUGAAGUCUCGCGGCGAGCGGAGCAGUCUCAUCUCGCAAAGAGGAUGGACGUGGACUUUCUGCUGGAUGUGCUGCAGUUGCGGCUGAAGGACUUCGAGGAUCCUUCCAGUUCUCGGGAUUUGCUGGUGCACACUGUGGAGUGGGCAAAGAGAAUGCAUAGCGAACAUCGGGCCGUGGUAUGAGGCCCCUGAAAAAGGGAGAAAUGCAAGAACCGCAUCGCUACUAGGAGCAAGGACACUACGAUCGGAGCGAUCGGACGCUACGAUCGGGGCGAUCGGUGGCCUUAUCACCAUUCUUGGAGAAUUGGACCGUGACAAUUCAAAAUCAUGCACAAACCCACGAGCUAGUUGACGUUGGUCAUCAUAAUAGGGCUGGGCUAUUGCUUGGACUUACUGGUUUAGGUGCACCCUAUAGUCAGUUGGGAUAGAAGAAACACCUCCAACGACUCAUUUUGGUGUGGCGAAAUGCUGGCGGCCAAGCCACACAGCUUGGUCGCUUUGCCGGUUUGCUUUGGUCGUUUGGGGUCUCGUCUUCCAUUUCAUGGUGUGUUUGCCACAUCCUGGAGGCCGCUUUUCCAUCAACCCGUCGACGGAACUUGGACCUGUCGAAUUGAUCCACAGGGUCCGUCGGGUGAGGAGGUUAGGAAUUCACCAGUCCCCAAGCGAAACCAGGCCAAAAGCAACGUCUGCCCCACAAGAAACACAGCCCCCCGGUUCAACUUGUCUGCUCAUUGUUGGGGUGUACUGUACAUCCACACCUAUAUAUUGGGCCCUGCCCCCCCCACAGUAACAGUCGUAAAGGGUCAGGGCCCUUAAACCAUACCCCCAAAAACAAUAAUCAUAUUCAAAGUCAUUAAAGGAAAUUGGAUUGUAAUUUCUGGUCUAGGAAACGCAAAAUGAUUGGAGUAGUGGGCGGGUUAACUCAAAAGAACACAAAUCUGAACAUAAUUGCAAACCAACAACAACCAGUAUCAUCCCAAUCCCUUCACUAAUUUGUCAAUCUCAAGUGGCAAUUCAAAUUAUGAUAUGAUGGCUCAAGACUGGAACGGUAGCAGGUGGCCAGGAUUGCGUGCUCUCACAGCCAAAGGAAAGAGGAAAGAAAGAAAGGAAGGGAGAUUGUGAUUACACUGGGAGCAGGAUGAGAGCCAAGUCCAAAUUGGCUCUGGCUCCCUGCUCCACCCCUGGCUUCCGGCUCCCCACCCAUCGCUCCCGGCUCCUCACCUUGUCGCUCCCGGCUCCCCACCUCGUCGCUCCCGGCUCCCCACUCCAAAUUUUCAAAAAAAUUGUCCAAAUCAGCGUGUUUUUUUGUGCUUUUCUUUGUGCUCUUUUUUGUGCUUUUUCCGCCCUGGACCACAAGUCA